GGCUGGGGUGGUAUUGGAGGUGGUACAGCUGGAUCUUUUCAUAACUUUAGCUAUGGUGCUGUUGGUAAUAAUAGUAGUGACGGCAGACUUCUUUUUGGUGGUGAAAAAGAAACCAUGCAGAAUCUUAAUGACCGUUUGGCAUCUUACUUGGGCAAAGUGCAAGCUCUGGAGGAAGCAAAUGCAGAGCUUGAGCACAAAAUCAAGGACUGGUAUGAGACAUUAGGGUCAUAUACUGAGGGAGGAUCCCGUGACUACAGUAAAUACUAUACCACCAUUGAGGACCUUAGGAAUCAGAUUAUUGCUGCAACUGUUGAAAAUGCCAGUAUCAUUCUGCAGACUGACAAUGCCAGGCUGGCUGUUGAUGACUUCAAAGUGAAAUACGAGAAUGAGCUAUACCUUCGGCAGAAUGUUGAAGCUGACAUCCGUGGUCUGCGAAAAGUCCUAGAUGAGCAAACCCUUGCCAAAAGUAACCUGGAGAUUCAGAUUGAAAGCCUGGCUGAUGAGGUGGCUUACCUCAAGAAGAAUCAUGAAGAGGAAAUGAACGAUUUGAGAAGCUCAGCCUCUCCUGAUGUUAAUGUAGAAAUUAACACUGCUCCAGGAAUUGAUCUUACUACACGUCUGAAUAAAAUGAGAACAGAAUAUGAGGCCCUUGCAGAGCAGAAUCGCAAGGAUGUUGAAACCUGGUUUAAUGAAAAGAGCAAAGAACUGAAUGUUCAGAUCAACUUCAGUGCUGAGGAGACCAAUACCAAUAAGAGUCAGAUUACUGAACUAAAACGCACUUUUCAAGGUCUGGAGAUAGAGAUGAAAUCCCAACUUGCUCUGAAACAAUCUCUUGAAGCUACUUUGGCAGAGACAGAAGCUCGCUAUUGUGCUCAACUUUCACAAAUACAAGUGGUGAUAAGCAGCGUGGAGACCCAAAUACAGCAGAUCAGGGAUGACAUGGAGUGGCAGAAUGCAGAGUAUGAACAACUCCUAGAUAUCAAGAUUCAUCUGGAAAACGAGAUUGAAACAUACCGCCACCUCAUAGAUCGAGAGGAAAGUGAUUCUGGAUAUGACACUGCUGGAACAGGCUCAGGAUUAAGAGGAACAGGAUCUGCUACAACUUCAGGAUCUCAAGGCUCUGUCUCUGCUGCAGAUUUGGGGUCUAGAGGUUCUGGAUCUGCAAGGUCGGAAUCAAGAUCAAGCAGUAGCAGCAAAAAACCAACAAAAACCAGAGUGAUUAAAACAAUAAUUGAGGAGCUUGAUCAGCAUGGGACAGUCACAUCCUCUAAGGUCCAAUCAGUUGAAGAGAAGCCAAUAAUAUAA